GACGGUACGCUUGUCCGGCUUGCUCACUCGGUCAGUCAAGUCGACAAAGCUGCAGUGUUUUAUAGUUUGCAAAUUAGCGCUUCUGCACAUCAUCUGACAGAGUUUUUAUCUCGCGAUUCAAGCCGGUUUGUGCGUGCAUGAAUGACGUACCCUCUUCCAAUUUUACACAGAUAAGCAACAAUGUCUCAGCCUAAGGAAGAGCACGAUUUGGAACCAGCGCGAGAGAUGUUUACUAUGACGAUUGUAAACGACGCGUUGCCUUCCGAUAUUGCCAAUGCAAACAAGGAAUCGAAGCAACCAUCAGACUUCGAGGCAGCAAUCGAGGCUACUGAAUAUGGACUCUACAACUACCUACUUCUCGUAGCCAUAUUCCCUGCAGGAUGGGCAAACGUUUUUGACACAACUACGAUAUCGUAUAUUCUACCAUCGGCAGAGUGCGAUCUUCACUUAUCGUUAAACGAAAAAGGGGCGCUCAACGCCAUUAUUUACUCAGGAAUGAUCACCUCCGCUUUUCUGUGGGGAUUUUUAGCCGACACGAAGGGACGACGGUCUCUGCUUAUAUUCGGAUAUCUAGCAGAUUCUAUUUGUAAUAUUCUGAGCAGCAUGUCACAGAAUUUUUUGACAAUGCUGGUCUUUAAAUUCUUCAGCGGAUUCGUAAUAAGCGGUCCUCUUGCAAUCAGUACGACCUACCUGGCCGAGUUUCACAGCACGAAAUACAGAUCGGCGACAUUGUUCUGGACAGCGCUCUUUUCGGCAAUGGGAAACGUCGCAAUGCCAGCUCUGGCGUGGGCGAUAAUUCCCCAAUCCUGGACGUUGACGUUCUUCGAUGGUGCUUUCGUCUUCAACUCCUGGCGCAUAUUCAUUUUCGUGUGCAGCAUGCCGGCAUUCGUGGCGUUCGCGGCGCUGCUCUAUUUUCCGGAGAGUCCCAAGUACCUAAUGACUCAGGGUCGGAACGACGAGGCGAUGGCGGUCUUCCAAAGGAUGUACGCGAUGAACACUGGAAAUCCACCGGAACUAUUUCCCAUAAAAUCCCUCUCCUUGGAAGGCCAGAAGAAGAAGAUCGAACCCUCGGCCGGUCGCACUACCGUGUCCGUCUGGCAAAAUGUUCGCGGCGGGUUCGGACAGAUCAGACCGCUUUUCGUGAAGCCCUAUCUGGGCCAGUUCCUCCUUAUCCUAGCACUUCAGUUUGGGAGCAUCUUGAGUUUGAACACCGUGAGAUUAUGGAUGCCGCAACUUUUGACCUUGAUGGAAACGUACGAUUACGAAAGUCACGAUUCUGCUACUUUGUGCGACAUGAUCAGUGUGCCUAGUGUUUCAAACGCCACCUCAUACGACGGCUUCAACUCUACGACAACGAUUGACGACUGCCUUGUGCCAUUCGUACCCAGUAAGGUUUACAUCAAUUCCAUGAUCAUCUCGGCAACUACGGUUCUAGGCUUUGUGGUUGCCGGUACUCUGGUCAAUCUCAUGGGAAAAAAGAAUCUGUUGCUGUUAGCCUUCGCAUUGCCAGCGGUAGGCAUAUUUGGAUUGAAUUGGUCGCCGAGUUCCAACAUUACUUUAGGUAUCAUCGCGAUCUACAUUGCGUUGACAAGCCUUUCCACAACCACAAUCAUCACUUUCUGUGUCGAUCUGAUGCCAACCUCUCUCAGGACAAUGGCCGUGGGUCUGACCAUGUCGAUUGGACGGAGUGGCGCGAUGAUCGGGAACGUUGUUUUUCCAAUUCUCUUGGUGACAGGUUGCUUCGCGCCCUUCAUUUUUGUUGGCGGAUUCCUAAUCUUCUGCUUUGUGUUGACAAUAUUCGUACCGAAACCACCGGCCAAGCUUCUGUUUUUGUCAAAUAAAAUGAGUAGCAUAAACUGUGUCUCUUGUAAAAUUAGUGCUGCUAUCAUGACCUCGCAUAUAUCAAAUAUAAUGGUAUAUCUGGUACAAUUUUUGCCAACCGGGUUGUGCGUCGAAUAUUUGCCACCUUAUCUCGCGCAGUUCAACUGGGACAAGAUGACUGAGAAGAACGAAGGUACCAAACGGUGCCAGUCUGAAAAAGUUCAGGAGGUGUUUACGAUAUCAUUUCACACUGAAGAAUCCCAGCCUGCCUCGGUAAUCGUGCCCGAUGAAUCGGAGUCACCGCGUGACUUUGAAGAGGCCAUUGAAGCUACCGGCUAUGGACUCUAUAAUGUUCUACUACUGUUGGCGGCUCUACCUGGAGCCUGGGCGAAUUUGUUUGACACAACGGCAAUUUCCUACGUUCUUCCGACAGCCGAUUGUGAUCUGGAGAUGACGUUAUUCCAGAAGGGGUUGCUUAAUGCUGCCAUUUAUGCUGGCAUGUUCACCGCGGCAUUUCCAUGGGGAGUUUUAGCCGAUACGAAAGGUCGAAAGACUCUACUUAUGAUUGGCUACUUCGCCGAUUGCAUUUGCAAUGUUCUGAGCAGCAUGUCACAGAGCUUUUACGUUAUGCUGGCUUUUAAGUUCUUCAGCGGAUGUAUCAUGAGCGGACCCUUCGCGGUGAAUAUGACAUACCUGGCGGAAUUCCACGGCGUCAAGUAUAGGUCAAAGAUGUUGCUAUGGGCUCGUCUCUUUCCUUCUUUAGGGAGCAUAGUGCUUCCAGGAUUAGCAUGGAUGAUACUGCCUCAGUCUUGGUCAUUCUCGCUGUUUGACGGAGUAUUUGUGUACAAUUCUUGGCGCAUCUUUAUUUUGAUCUGCAGUCUGCCAGCGUUCCUGGGAUUCCUGGCAUUGAUCUUUUUCCCAGAAAGUCCGAGGUUCCUAAUGUCCCAGGGACGAAAUGACGAGGCGAUGAAUGUUUUCAAAAAAAUGUACUCCAUGAAUACCGGAAAACCUCCGGAAACGUUUCCGGUAAAAGAACUUUAUCUAGAGGCUCAGAAGAAACAAGUGGAACGCACUUCAAUUAAAAGUAGCGUGUCUGUUUGGGAAAAGACUCGAAGCGGUUGGAGUCAAAUCAAACCCCUCUUCCACAAGCCGUAUCUCAGCCAGUUUGUCCUGAUGACGACCAUCCAAUUCGGAGGCCUGCUGGGCAUGAAUACAUUGCGCCUUUGGAUGCCUCAGCUGUUCACAUUGAUGGAAAAUUUCAAUUACGAAAAUCGCGAUGCCAGCUUGGGUCCCGCUACUUUGUGCGAAAUGCUAACCUCACCCGAGCCUUUGAACACCACGGAUUCUGACGAGUGGAACUCUACGAUAGUAAAUGCCUGCGUUGCGGUACCGAUUCACAGUAGAGUUUACAUAAACUCUAUAAUUAUAGCAGUCACCACCGUGUUAGGUUGCACACUUGCCGGAAGCUUGGUUAAUCUAGUUGGGAAGAAGAAUCUGCUACUGCUGGUUUACGUAGCUCCAGCAGCUUGCAGCUUUUCUUUAAACUGGUCGCCAAAUUCCAAUGUCACGUUAGCAAUUUUCUCGAUCUACCUGAUGUUCACUAGCAUCGCCGUCACUUCUAUCAUUAGUUUUACGGUUGAUUUGAUGCCUACGUCUCUCAGAGCAACUGCUGUGAGUUUGACAAUGUCCAUUGGUCGCAUCGGUUCUAUGAUCGGAAAUCUCCUGUUUCCACUACUUCUGAGUACAGGCUGCAUGGUCCCAUUCAUAUUCGUCGGAGGAUUUCUACUCGUUUGCUUCGUACUCUCUAUAUUCAUCCCAAAACCACCUGAAAAGUUAAUGUGAAAUCUGAAAUAGGAUUUUCGCUUCACAAACGCAAGAGUGCUUCAUGUCAUUUCUAUUUCAUCAUUCAUGCGAACGACACUGUCGUUCUCACCGGACAGUAGUGUUAAAUUUAAGUAAGUAUAACGUAUAAGUGUAUUAUUAACUAGUGAUACAUUUGCAAUUCAUUAUACAGAAGCGGGCGACCAGCACGCCUGGUAGCCAUAGACACUAAAGAUAGAAUUACACCUUAAGACGACUUGUAUUACGUAUUUAUAAAAACCAUAAACACU